AAGCGAGCUAAAAACGCUACCUACGGAGCACCGGAGCCGACACACGGCUCUCCAGCAAUCAUGGUUCGAAUGAGCGUUCGCCACUGCGUCGAAAUUUUCAGCCGCGGCGAUGGCGUACGGCCGUAUUAGCAAGUGCUCGCUGCAGCUCAAAUGCGGCAAAAACGCGGGCCGCGGCGGGGACCCAGCCGGCCAAAUCUCGCCGUCGCCGCACCACUCGUGCACGGCUGACUGCAGAAGCGAUCGCGGCUCGCGGGCGGGAGCUCCCUAGAGUUUCACCGCUCGCCGGCGGGACCUCGAGGCCCGGUCAGAGGCUGGAGGCCGGCCGCCGCUGCGCGCGUGGCCGCGGCCCGGCAGAUCUGGCGCCCGGCCGCCGCCGCAGAACUCGCGGUGCAACACACACAUCAGCAGAGCCGUCGCGAGCACCCAUCACUCACGCCCCCCGAACGCAGGUCCUCGCGGACUGCCUCAAGUCCAUCUCGAACGCCGAGAAGCGCGGCAAGCGCCAGGUGCUGAUCCGACCGUGCUCGAAGGUCAUCGUCAAAUUCCUGCAGACGAUGCAGAAGCACGGCUACGUUGGGGAAUUCGAGAUCGUCGACGACCACCGGUCCGGGAAAAUUGUGGUCGAGCUGACGGGCCGCAUCAACAAGUGCGGCGUCAUCUCGCCGCGCUUCGACGUGCCGCUCAAGGAUAUUGAAGCGUGGGUGAACAACUUAUUGCCGUCGCGCCAGUUCGGCCACCUCGUCCUCUCGACGACGUUCGGCAUCAUGGACCACGAGGAGGCGCGCCGCAAGCGGACGGGCGGCAAGAUCCUGGGCUUCUUCUACUAG